UUCAACCCCAAAAUUACAUUUGUGUAGCCAUGGAAGUCGUCCCAACCAAAACCCACAUAGCCCUCCUAGCCAGCCCCGGCAUAGGACACCUCAUCCCGGUCCUCGAACUCGGCCGGCGCUUCGCCGUCCAACACCACUUCCUCGUCACCAUCUUCGUCGUGACCACCGAUGCCUCCGCUGCCCAGUCCCAGCUCCCCCAUUACUCCUCCUACAGAGACCUCCUCAACAUCGUCUUCCUCCCCCCGGUCGACGUCUCGGACCUAGCCACUGGCUCAAUGGCAAUCCUCUCACAACUGGUCCUCCUAAUGCGCCGAGCGAUGCCACACAUCCGCGCAGAGAUUGCUAAAUUGAAGCCAUGUCCCUCGGCCCUCAUUGUCGACCUCUUCGGGACCGAGGCUUUCGAGAUAGCCAACGAUUUCAGCAUGUUGAAGUACAUGUUCCAUACCACUAAUGCGUGGUUCCUUGCCCUAACACUAUAUUAUCCACAUCACAACGAGACCGACAAACACGACCACGUCUAUCUCCAUAAGCCGCUGAACAUCCCAGGAUGCACGCCGCUCGAGUACGAAGGCACGUUCGACUUAGACACGCGACCGGACGACCGGGUCCUUCACGAAGAUUAUGCGAAGAUGGGGCUCGAUAUGGCAAAGGUUGAUGGGAUCUUGGUGAACACAUGGGAGGGUUUGGAGCCCAGGACGUUGAAAGCACUGAGAGAUCCGAACUUGAUGGGACGGUUCAGCUCGGUCCCCGUCCACCCGGUCGGCCCAUUGAUUCGACCGGUCCAACCGGUUGAAAAUUUGGUCUGCAGGAGCAAAGUGCUCGAUUGGCUGGACUCGCAACCCGCCGGGUCGGUGCUUUAUGUGUCGUUCGGCAGCGGCGGGACCCUGUCAGCCAAUCAGCUCACCGAGCUGGCUUGGGGCUUGGAGCUGAGCGGGCAGAGAUUCGUUUGGGUGGUGCGGCCCCCCAUCGAGAGCACCGCGUUCGGGUCGUACUUCCGGCAGAAGGAGAGGACCGAGGACGGGACGCCAGAUUACCUCCCCGAUGGUUUCGUGAGUAGGACCCGUGAGAUGGGCCUCGUCGUGGAGAUGUGGGCCCCGCAGACCGAGGUCCUGGCCCAUGAGUCCGUUGGGGCAUUCCUUUCGCACUGCGGAUGGAACUCGACUCUGGAGAGCGUGGUCAACGGAGUGCCCAUGAUAUGCUGGCCCCUCUACGCGGAGCAGGGUAUGAACGCGGCCAUGCUCUCCGGCCACCUCGGCAUAGCCACUCGUUUGAAGGAGGCGGGGCCCGGCGCGGUGAUCGGGAGAGAAGAGAUCGAGAAGAUGAUAAGGAGGUCGAUGGAGAAGGACGAGGAGCCCGGGAAGUUGGUGAGGGCGAAUGUGCUGGAGCUCGAGCGGCAGGCGGAAGCGGCUCUCACCAAGGGUGGCUCGUCCCACGGCUCGCUCGAGCGGGUGGCUAAGGAGUGCAAAAUGGGCCUUACGGGCCUAAGAGAAAGGGCCUAUGGGGCUUAGCUUCCAUUCAAAAGCCUGUAAAGUAUGAUGUCGGUAUUACUAUGGGUGUUCGAUUUCCAGUUUGAUCUAAUGGAACUGGUCGCUUUUUUUUUCUCACUAUUUG